CCAAAAAGUAGUUCAUUUCAAAAGCGUGAAAAUGGUCAAUAUAAUUGCUGCCAAUUGAAAAAGAAUUAGUUUCGGUUAUUUUUAUUUUAAUGGAACGAAUUUAUUUUGUAUUGUGAACUUCUUUUUUCAAAAAAUUGAAUUCUUUGACGAAACUAGCACUCACGUGACAUUCAGAGCCGAUAGUAGCUUAGUCACUUUUUUUCCACUCGGGAGCUCAUAUACCAAUACCAAAAAAGUAAUAUCGAUUGACAGAAUUUUGAUUGUUGACACAAAAUAUGGUGUUUCUAACAUUCAAUUGGAAGUUAGUAAAUUACACAGGAAUUUGAUAUGUUGAAAUUUGAAACAAAUACAGUGCAAAUGCAGAGCGCCAAGUACCAAUAUGUAGCAGCAUUUGUGGUGAAUCUACUAUCAAUUGCAAGUGGAGUUACAGGUGGUUGGUCAAGUCCCAACAUAAUCCUGUUAAUGUCAGAUGAAACACCGCUCCCGUCGGGUAGAAUUACAAUGGAGCAAUGUUCCUGGCUUGUAUCCUUUUUAUAUAUGGGUGGUGUGUUUGGAAACAUCAUAUUUGGAUUCGUUACAAAUCGAUUUGGUCGAAAAUGGCCUUUGAUCAUCAUGACAAUUCCAAUGAUGAUAAGUUGGUUGCUCAUUUUAUACAGCCAGAAUAUUUAUUAUAUUUAUGCAUCGAGAAUUCUGAAUGGUAUCAUCGGAGGCGGUUUAUUUAUUAUAAUUCCAUUGUUCUUAUCAGAGAUAGCAAUUGAUCGUGUACGUGGCGUAUUAGGCUCAACACUUAUUUUAGCUGAAAAUAUAGGCAUUUUAUUGGCAUUCAUUUUGGGUCAUUUUUGUGAUUACUAUACGACGCCGAAAGUUGUUAUUGCUUUGAUGAUUAUUUGCUCUGUUUUGCUGUUCUUCUUUCCAGAAUCACCGCCAUUCCUUAUGAAACAAAAUCAAGUACUUGAAGCUGAAAAAUCAAUUCAUUUUUAUCAAAAUUUAAAUGGAAAUAAUGCCAACUACGAAUUACUUCAAAUUGAAAUGAGUAAAUUGCAAAGCAUGUUUGCUGACAUGAAAACCGAAAGUUCUUUAACAUGGUCAGACUUAACAACACACACCGCUCGAAAGGCCAUUACGAUUGGAGUAGUUUUGGCUGCCUUGAAUCAAUUCUGUGGCUGUUUUGCAAUGUUUAACUAUACGUCAUAUGUAUUCGAAGAGGCCGGAUCGAAUUUUACACCAAAUGAAUCAGCCAUCGUUAUUGGCUUCAUUUCUCUAUUUGGAUCAUUUUUGUCAACGAAUCUUGUUGAUCGAGCUGGCAGAAAGAUUUUAUUUGCAAUAUCCUCCGUGGGAACAGCUUUGGGUUUGAUUGUUUUAGGCAUUUAUGUAAUGUUAAAAUCUUGGAAUUAUCAAGUUGAAACACUUAAUUGGAUUCCAAUGGUGAGUUUUUCAUUCGUCGUUUUCAUCGCAUCAUUGGGUUUAAUGACGCUUCCGUUUGUCGUCAUCUCGGAAAUUAUGCCGGAAAAAAUAAAAGAUUUUUCCGUAUCAUUUUGUAUGAUUAUUUUGUGGACAUUAACAUUUAUAAUGGUAAAAUGGUUACCACUACUUACUGAAUCGUUCGAAUUUUAUAGAAGUAUGUUUCUAUUUGCUGCAGUAUGCGUGCUUGGGUAUGUGUUUAUCUUUUUUUAUGUACCAGAAACUAAAAGCAAAAGCUAUGAACAAAUCAUGGACUCACUUCGAUAAU